AUGCGUACCUACGACGACGCCUUCAGCGGUCAGAAGAUCUACCCCGGCAAGGGCAAGCUCUUCGUCCGUGGUGACUCCAAGAUCUUCCGCUUCCAGAACGGAAAGUCCGAGUCCCUCUUCCUCCAGCGCAAGAACCCCCGCCGCAUCGCAUGGACUGUUCUCUUCCGUCGCCAGCACCGCAAGGGUAUCUCUGAGGAGGUCGCCAAGAAGCGCACCCGCCGUGUUGUCAAGAACCAGCGUGCCAUCGUUGGUGCUUCCCUCGACGUGAUCAAGGAGCGCCGCUCCCAGCGCCCCGAGGCCCGCGAGGCCGCCCGCAAGCAGGCCAUCAAGGAGGCCAAGGAGAAGAAGGCUGCUUCCGCCACCGCCAAGAAGGCCGAGAAGGCCAAGUCCGCCGCUGCUAAGGGUGGUGCCCAGCGCAUCCAGAGCAAGCAGGGUGCUAAGGGCUCUGCCCCCAAGGUCGCCGCCAAGUCCCGCUAA